AUGAAUAAUAACAAGAAUAACAAUUUCAGCAAAAACAAUGGCAACAAUAACGAGAACUACAACAACAUCAGAAACAACUCCAGUGGUAUGGUAGGCAGCAACUGGAAUGUCCCCCCCAGCAUAGGCGGGAUGAGCAACGUCAGUGGGAUGAACAACGCCAGUGGGAUGAACAACGUCAACGGGAUGGGGAAGCUGCACGGAAAUAUCAGCAAGAUGCACGGGAAUUUAAAGAACAUGUCCAGUAACAUCAACAAUUUGGCUAACAAUAUGAAGCACAGCAUGUCUGGCUAUGCGAAUGGCAUGCCAGGCGGUAUGAGCAAUAUUCCCGGUGGAAUGAACAGCAUGUCCAGCGGGAUGAAUAGCAUACCCAGUGGGAUGAACACACUGUCGGGGGGUCAUGGCAACAUUAGUAUCAUGCGAAGCGGCGCGAAACCCCAAAUGAGUAACCUGAAUUCCAAAAUAAACAUCAGCAACAGUAAUAUGAAUAUGCAGACGGACAUGAAUUUGAAGAGCAGAAUCAAAAUGGGUAGCUCGGACAUAGCAAAUGCCAACAGAAAUAUGAACAGCGUUUUCAGCAAAAGUAAUAAUAAUCUAAGGGAAAAUAUAAUGAACAAUUUAAACUAUAAUUACAACAAUGUGAAUUAUAACAGCAUGAUGAAAAGCAACAUAGAAAUGAAUAAUAAAUUGGUAGGUGGGGAAAGUGUAGGGAAACCUCCACAGGAUAGCAAUGGCGCGAAUAAAAAUGCAGAGAAUUUUGCUAAUAUAUUUAAUAGUAACAAAAUGGUUGUGCAAACCAAUAUGAAUAGCAAGCACUAUCGGAAUUCUGAUGGAACGAGCAUGAACAGAUUUUGCGUCAAAGACAUGAAAAAUGUGGAGAGCAAUAUGAUCCCAUUAAAUAACAAAAUGAACAAUGUAAAAGACAGUCAAAGCAGGGCUAUGCCCCAAUAUAGGGAAAAAGAUUAUCUAGGAAAUGUUUAUAAUAAGAGGGAUAAGUAUUUGUUAGGUAAGAGCGAAAAGGAUAAUUUUUACAUCUCGUCUAAGCAGUUGAGUGGCUUGAGCUCUGGGAACCCCGCCAGCGGGGGAGCGGACAGCAGUGGACCCACCAGCGGUGGCACCGGCAUGAGCAACGCCUCCGCCCAUGCAAGAAAUUUGAAAAGUUUAGACGGCCCCCCAAUGUACAACCCCUUGAAUAUAAACCCUAUGGGCGCCAAAACAAAUGUGAAUAAAGUAUUCACCUUUAGCCCAAAUGAUAAAGGCAACUUUCACGCGGAUGUCUUGGGCGACGCGAAGAUCAACAACCAGGGGAAGGACGCGGAAUACAGCCACAUGAACAAAACGAUUAAUAUGUUGUUUAACGAGCAGGCGAAUUAUGGUCCUUAUGGGGUCAGUAACCGUCACCUCGGAAGUAGCGACAACCAUCAGGGAAGCGCCAACCCGACGGAAAACCCUCCCAGCAGUGCAAAACCGUUUUUCGCACCAUCGAACAUCCUAUUAGACUCCAAAGCGUACAACAGAAAUGUGGAAAAUUUAAAGGAACACCAAAACGAGAACGAAGACAAACAAAUGAGAUACAACAAUUUAAUCGAGGGGAAUAACCCGAACAAGGGCCCCACCCCCGAAAACGCUAGCAUGGCUCCAUCGCCUUUUGAGAAGGUUAACCCCAAGAAGCAGAAGAUGAUCGUGAAGACGGGCCAUUUGUCCAAUAGCCCAAUUCCAAGCGGAGUCAUACCAAGUAGUAACAAUCACGCGAAUGCCCCCACCAACAUUGACAACGCGGAUGGAUAUAAAUUUCACAUGAAUAAGGAGAAGCUAAAUGCGAAGGAAGCUUCCCAUUUUAUAAACCCAGUGAAUAUUCUAAAAGAUCAUCUAAAAGAUAACAACAAAGCCAAGUAUACUUCAGUAAAGGGGUACACUGAUCACAGCAAAAUUAUGAAGGAAGCAGAUCAAGCAAAAAAUGUGACUCCCUCAAUGAGUAGAAUGGAGUCAGAUUUAAUUAACAAAAAAGGAAAUGAUAAUGAUGGUACUAAUACAGGGGCUACUAUAAAUAUGAAUAAAAUUAGAGCUUAUGAAGAAAUGAAAAUGAAUAACAAUGGUGUUCCUUUCGACAAGUCAGGAAAUAAUUCCGCCCAUUUUAACGGGGACCCAUCGAAUGAAAAUAAUUUCAACACGAUCGAUCUGACAGGAGAUGCGCAAAGAUCCCCCAUCGGCAGUAGCACUCCCUAUAGUACUGGAAUGUACAACAUGAGUAGCGGUAACAAUGCCAUAAAUGGAGACGAAACAGUUACGCUAGGGCCAUACAACCAAAGUGCACAAACAGAACAUAAAGGUGAUGCUGAAAAUUUGAAAAAAACGGAACAAGUUGAGGAGAAAAAGAGGAAAAAGAAAAGAGAUAAAAAGGAAGAAAAGGGGAAGUAUAAAAAUAUCGAAAUGACUAAGAUUGACAAAGGAGGAUUAUUUCCCUUUGAUCAAAAUUUCAAGGGGAAAAAGAAAAAUCUUGAUUAUAAUAAUUAUCUGUACAACUUAACUGAGAGCAGCGAACAAGGCCUUUUUAAUAGCACAACGCAGAGCAUGCUGCACACGGCGAAUGGAUACAUGAGCAGCAGAGGGAUGAAUGUAACCCCCAGUGCAAGCAUGAUUAGGAACAUCCACAUGGGCAUGCAAAUCGGUGCCCCUAUGAAUGCAUCGCUAAAGGCCUCGCUAGACGCAUCGCCGAAUGAGUCUCUCAACGCGUCGCUGAACUUGCCGGCCAACAUCAAGGAUCAAAACCACCUGCAUAACAAAAGGAAUUUUCUUUUCGCAAAUUACGACCGGAAUAAAAAUGCAGCAAACGUGUUCGUGGGCAAGGACAAAAGUAUCCUAAAUCGAAUGGACUUCCUAAAUGAAGACGAUUUCAGGUCAUCCAAAAUGAAGAAAAAUUUUAGUGACCUCUACGCUAGAGGGAUAACACCCCUUACGCCUGAGCAAAUGGAAAGCGACCGGAAAUUGAUAGCCUUGACCAAACUUUUUGGGGACGUAAUUGACGAAAAUGACAAUGUGGGAAGUAGAACAAUAAGUGACAGACUCAUGGAAAAUAAGCCGUAUUCACCAACACCCUUCACCUUUAGAAAUAAUGCCCCGCAUAAUCUAGAAUUAUUGAAAAAUAUGCCCCUGGACACAUUGUUGAAUAAUUUAAAUAUAGAUAGGGACGUCCUGGACAUACUGAAGGAAAAAAUAAAUAAUAUUAACAGAAACAUUAAUGUAACUAUACGCUCUGCGGUUUCCCAUGAAGCGAUAGUAGAGCCAAAAGGAGAAAGAGAAAACUUCGAUUUAUCAAAAUUGAUAACUUUCUUUGAUGAUUUUAUAAAUUGGUAUGAAAAUAAUUUAAUUCAAAUAAAACUCCAGCUACAGAAUGUGUCCUUCUGCUUGUUGCUGGAAAUUUUUAUACUCAUAUUAACAAACAGUUAUGGACACAUUUCCGAUUUUAAGAAAAAAUAUUUGAACAAAUUUUCUGCGUACGAACCGGUGACAAAGUUUCUCUCCACCUGUGUUUACUUGAGCCAGGUGUUCGAAAUAUCGCUUGUUCGCUUUAAGGAGAAAAAUGCCAAGCACAUCGUUCACAUGACCAAGCUAGGAAAGAAGUCCCUAUGGCAGUACCUAACCGUGUACGGAGGCAUUUCUCUGUACAAUUUGAUUACGACCAAAAUUAGAAUAGUAGAAAUCGAGGACCAUGAGAGGAAUUUUAACUUCUUCAAUUCAUUCGUUUCGGCCAACUUUCUCUACAACGCAAAGCUGGAUUUUCCCGUUAUGUGGUCCUUGCCGCCUAUUUAUAUGACGAAGGACGAAAUUGUUGAGGACGAGAGCAAGAAACCGGGAUGUGAAAAGGAAGAAAAUCACUACGUGCCCAACGAGAGCAGUGACGUGUUUUAUUACUACAAACAUAUAUUGAAAGUGCAAAAAAAGAACAGACUAAGAGUGACUAAAAACAGAAUGCCCAGUAUGCUCUAUUACUGCCUGAACAAUUGUAGCGACAUGACGUGUGCGGAAAUUUCCGGCCUUGAUGGAUCCUUUGUCGCCACGGCGCAUUCGAAUAACAUAAUCAAGUUGUGGAACAUCAAACAGUCCCAAAUGAACAAAAUAAGAAAGAAAAAAAAAGGCAUGGAGAAGAUUAAUGAAGUUAACAUAAACGAUACGAUGAGAAGGAGACAUGAAUAUUUAGACGAAAAUAAUGCCACAUCCAUAGACUUAGAUUAUGAUAAUGAAAAUGAUGGGAUUUGUAGACUGUAUGGAAACAUUUUUAAUGUUACGAGCUUACGUUUUGGUGAAUCGAAUAAAAUAUUACUGUCAGGAAAUGUUAAUGGGGAUGUAUAUUUAUACAGCACCAUAAGUAACAAAAAUUAUGUCAAGUAUGUGGGUGGCCACACACCCAUCUGGUCUCUGGACACGGCCUUUUUAGGCUACUUUUUUUGCUCCAGUGAGGAUGAUGGCAAUUUGAGGAUCUAUUCCACCAAUAGAACAUACCCUUUUAUUACUUACACGUAUAACUGCCCUGCCAAUGUUUCCAAAUACCACUAUAACAGCACGCUUGUGGCUUGUGGCUACUACGACAAUUAUGUACACCUGUACGAUGUCAGAGUAAAUUCCUUUAUCAAGAGAUUCAAAAAUAACUACCCAAGCAACCAGGGAGUUACUUCCUUGAGUUUUUCCAAAAAUGGAAGGCUGCUAUCAUAUGCAGGUGGCUACACAAAUAACAUCAAUGUAAUCGAUUUGGCAAUGGAUAAAUUUAUUGACGUGGAACCCCAAAUGGCUGUUUCAGCGGAGGCUUCUCACAAUGAUGCCGAUUAUACCCAGACGUCCAAACCGUUUGACGCGUACUUAGAUGCAAAUUUUCUAAAUAUAAGAAAUGAAGCACCCCCCAAUGGCAGGGUUCCACUUGGCACUGAUUCACAUUUGUAUGAGGACAAAAUUUUAAGUAUCGACUUCAGUUAUGACAAUAACUUAUUAGUUUCCAUGUCUUGUAAUAACCUCAUCGAUUUUUACAAUUGCUCCAAAGCAUCGAAUGAGAUAAAACAUUCGACAGAGAAAAAGAAAAUCAAAUUGGAAAAGUCCCAAAACAGAAGGAACCACCCAUAUGUCAAACUGUCCAAAUCAUACGGUGUUAACUAUUCAAAUUUAAUGUCUGCAAAAUUUACGCCUGAAAAUGUACUCCUCCUGUUUGGUAAAACUUAUGUGCCUCUACGACGCAGCUGCGUUAUUUACCCUCAUCCCUGUGUGUGCAAGAUUGACAUCCUAUUUUGUGCUUUCAACCUAUUUGCUGAUUCGCUAGCCCCAUCAUGUUAA